CUAUUAUGAGUACCAGUACCCGUGCUCGUAAGAUCGGAACGAAAUUAUCGUUUCCCUACACACGCACGUACGCAAUUACGAGUUACGUAGGUACGUACGGUGCGUUUUCAAGUCAGAAUCGUUCUGUUGUGCGCCAUCUUGCGUUGAACCUGCUUGUCGAUCGAGCGAUGCCGAUGUCGACGAAUCGAAACCAGUCAUUCGUCCSGAGUCCGACGCAACGAUGCGUAUUUUGGAUACGAUGAAGACAGCACUCUUGUGGCUGGCGAUCGGCMGSCUUGGGCCAUCGCUUGCCUUUCUGCCCCAAGCGGUGCCGCCCGCAACGGCGAGAUCGCGGGCGUUYGYGGCGGCGGAAGCGGAACCAGGGAAUUCUUCCGAUCGGGAACGCCCCCGGCAUCCAUGCGCCGGGCAAGAGAACCCCGGCACGGAGGCCGCGGCCGGGUUGGAAACCUGGGACCGGAGGGGGUUCCUGGCCGGGGCGGCGGCGGUCCUCGCGUCCUCCGCGGCGGAAGGKUCCUCCCCCGCAAGGGCCGUCGUCACCGACGAAACCGACAACUUUGCCGACAACUACUGGAGCAAAAGCCCGGCGGUCCAGGGAGGGACCACCGCCCCCGGUACCGCAAGCGAGGGCGCUUUUGCGGCGCCCUCGGACGAGGUCACCGUGGGGGUCUCGGGGGCCGACCUCCGCUCGGMAGGGGGGAUCGGCCUCGAGCUGGGGGAGGUCGAGUUCCGGACCAACCGCCGCGUCUACGUCAAGUCCGUCUCUCCGGGCUCGCCGGCCGACCGCCUGGGGAUCAAGAAGGACUGGAUCGUCGUGUCCGUCAACGGGGCCUCSGCGGAGCGGACCGACGYCGAGGGCGUUGCCAUCAUGAUCUACAAGGCGGCCCGGGAACCCGGGAGGAGCGCCAAAGACACCGUCGACCUGCGGUUCCGGAACCCCGUGGUCUUUCGCAACCAGCUGAGGGACCUCUCGUCCUCCCCGCCGGGCUCCACCGUUGUUACGCAGGUGGCCCCCGAAGGGGACACCACCCAGCGGAACCCCGACGGAUCGGUCCGGCAAGGCUACGGCGGACCCACCGACCAGGCCGACCAGCGGCUGACGGUCACGCAGCUGGUCCCCCCCAAGAUCUGCCGCAGGGGCGCCACCGAGGACGACCUCCUGGAGAUCAGCUACGUCGGGAAGGUCGCCGAAACCGGGGCGAUCUUCGACGGGUCGGCCGUCCGGAUCAACGGGGAGGGGAUCGCCGGCCGGGGGAACGACGUCUCGAUCUUUUUCGUUCUGGGCAAGCAGCCCUUCGGGCAGUUCCCCCCCGGCUGGGACGCCGGCCUCGAGGGGAUCUGCGUGGGGGAGCGACGCCGGCUCCUGGUCCCGCCGGUCCUGGCCUACGGUUCAAAGGGCCUCCCGMGGCGGGGGAUCCCCCCGGACGCGACCCUCCAGUACGACGUGACGCUGGUGUCGCUGAACGGCCUCGCGACGCCGCAGUAGCCGGCGGCGGCGGCGAUGGCACGCAUCGCAAGGAAGGUGGCAAUCCAGGGCAAUCCAAUGCAACGCAACRCAAGGCAGUGCUAGUCCGAGUGCGAGUGCUCGCGGACACCGGGAGGUACGCGAGGACAACCCACCGAACCGGUCGGAAUGCUUUCGCACCGGCGUCUUGCAACGCUGCGGCUGGGUGGUUCUGGAUUGCCCGUUCCAGGCCAAGGAACACAUAUUUCCUUGCGAAACUAGAAACAGUAAACAGUUGUAUCACAACACAUCUACACCAAAAGCAAUACGGAGUGUUAUGGUAAUAAACAAAGUCUAGGACA